UUGACCAUCUCGAGACCGUUUGGAAAGACCAAGAUGCAACUGGCUGUUUCGAGGAGGAUCAAAACGUGGACUCAGCUUAUUUGAAGAGGAUAAGACAGUGCGAAGUGCUUACAGAGAGAGAGCGAGAGACAGAGAGAGAGAGAGAGAGACAGAGAGGCAGAGACAAAGAUAUCAGAGAUGGCGCACGUUGCUCAAGCUAAGGCCGGCCAAGAUGAUGGGGAGAAGAAUAUGGCAGCUUGGCUUCUUGGAAUCAAAACCCUUAAAAUUCAACCUUACCUUCUUCCUCCUCUCGGUCCUCAGGAUGUGAAAGUGCGUAUAAAAGCUCUUGGCAUAUGCGGAAGUGAUGUUCACCAUUUCGAGACAAUGAGAUGUGCAAAUUUUAUUGUGAAAAAACCAAUGGUCAUUGGACAUGAGUGCGCUGGGAUCAUCGAAGAAGUUGGGAGCGAAGUGAAGUACCUGGCUGUGGGAGAUCGUGUGGCAUUGGAGCCUGGCAUUAGUUGCCAGAGAUGCGGUAUCUGCAGAGAUGGACGCUACAAUCUUUGUCCAGAAAUGAAGUUCUUUGGAUCUCCUCCAACUAAUGGCUCUCUUGCCAAUAAGGUGGUGCAUCCUGCAAACCUCUGUUUUAAACUACCUGACAAUGUGAGCCUGGAAGAAGGAGCAAUGUGCGAACCCCUCAGUGUUGGAGUCCAUGCCUGUCGCCGGGCAGGCAUUUGUCCUGACACAAAUGUGUUGAUCAUGGGAGCAGGUCCCAUAGGCCUUGUUACCUUAUUGGCUGCUCGAGCAUUCGGAGCCCCCAGAAUUGUCAUAGGUGAUGUUGAUGAUUGCCGUCUAUCUAUUGCAAAGAAUCUCGGUGCAGAUGAGAUUGUUCAAGUUUCAACAAAUAUUCAGGAUGUGGGUGAAGAAGUAGUGAAGAUACAAAAUGCAAUGAGUUCACGCAUUGAUGUGAGUUUUGAUUGUGUUGGUUUCAACAAAACCAUGUCUACAGCUUUGAGAGCCACUGGAGCUGGUGGCAAAGUUUGCCUUAUUGGAUUGGCGCAGAGCGAAAUGACUAUCCCCCUCACUCUGGCAGCAGUGAGGGAGAUUGAUGUGUUUGGCAUAUUCCGGUAUAGAAAUACGUGGCCACUCUGCAUUGAAUUCUUGAGGACUGGAAAGAUUGAUGUGAAGCCCCUUAUAACUCAUAGGUUUGGAUUCUCUCAAAAGGGUAUAGAAGAUGCUUUCCGAACCAGUGCUGCUGGUGGCAAUGCCAUUAAAGUCAUGUUUAAUCUGUAAUCCAUCCUUUGUCAAAUGAAGGUUGGAAUUAUCUGCAUAUAAUCUAUAAAAGAUGUCAAUUCUUAUGUUGAACCAGUGCCAUGCAUGUACCUCAUUCCUCAUUCUAAUAGCUUCUCGAAAUGGUUUUUCUUCAUA